AGUAAAAUCCACGCAGGUUUCCACGCCUGCCACAGACCCCGAGAGGGACUCAUUAGUGGGAGUCACGACGCAGGACAGUCCGUGUUGUGUUCAACUGCCGCUUUAAAGGCUCAUUUCCUGCCAUUGUCACGCGUGUCGUGGGCAGGAAGAGGGAAACGAAAGCAGACCCACUGGGGGGGAUGGAGGGGGGGGGGGGCGACCUAUUUAAACACGACAUGAUCGCGGACAUGAACACAGCCGACCGAGGACGCGAUCAUGUCCGUCCUUCCCCGCCCUGACAUGAUUGUUUAGGAGCAGCAGGUGCGUGGGGGUCCAUCCUCUCUCCGGCCCGGGAAUGUCUUCCACCAUCGAGAGGAAGACGCUGGAAGCUAACGAGGAGCCGGUGGAUGAGGUCCUGCAGAUGCCGCCUUCUUUGCUGACGUGCGGCGGCUGCCAGCAGAGUAUCGGCGACCGCUUCUUCCUGAAGGCCGUGGAGCAGUACUGGCACGAGGACUGCCUCAGCUGUGACCUCUGCGGAUGUCGCCUCGGGGAGGUGGGCCGCCGGCUCUACUACAAGCUGGGGAGGAAAUUAUGCCGCAGAGAUUACCUCAGGCUUUUUGGGCAGGACGGCCUGUGCGCUUCCUGCGAGAAGAGGAUAAGAGCCUUUGAGAUGACCAUGCGUGUGAGGGACAAGGUCUACCACCUAGAAUGCUUCAAGUGCGCUGCCUGCCAGAAGCAUUUCUGCGUGGGAGACCGCUACUUGCUCAUCAACUCAGACAUCGUCUGCGAGCAGGACAUCUUUGAAUGGACUAAACUCAACAACAACAACAUGGUGUAGGAAGGAAAUCACUAGACUUUUUUUUUUGUGAAGACAUCUUUGAUACACUUUUUCUAGCGCCAGGCGGACUUUAAACUGCACCUCCUAUUCCAAGCAAGACCAGAGACAACUAAAACCACACCUCACCUCAUUGAUGCAAAACAUGCUGAUAAACAUGCAAUAACCUGUGCACAGAACAAUAAUGUGGCUCUGAUUGGAAGUCAGAGCAUUUGGAGCAACGUUACAGUUCAUUAACGAAACACGUACCAGCUAAAACAUGUAUUUGUACCAAUUGGGGUGUCUUGAUCGGAUAUUCAUAGCAACUAUCGGGCCUAUAUCAACAAAACAAGUAUCGGUUGAUAACGGACAUAUAAAAGCUCUGAUACAAGCACUCCGGCAGCGUCUUAACAUCUAAAUGUUAAGCACACAAGCUUGAUCUUUUCUUGUAUUUUUAUCAAGUCAUGGACAAAAAGGUAAACAUGGCAGGCUAAAGGCUACUAGCAGCUACACAACAGCGAAGCACAAAAUAGCCCAUAAGCUAGUGUUUUUAAUUUGACAAUAUUGCAGUCCCCAACAGCUCAUUAGUCAAUAUAAACAAGUAUGGAAUCAGUAUAGUUGUAUAUCACCUAGAGUCCUACACUAAGAAAGACCCCAAGGUGGAAGUGCAUUAGAUAGCAUCCACCACCUAACGCAGGGGUCGGGAACCUUUUUUGGCUGAGAGAGCCAUGAAAGCCAAAUAUUAUCAAAUGUACUUCCGUGAGAGCCAUAUAAUAUUUUUUAACACUGAAUACAACUAAAUGAGUGCAUUUUUAAGUAAAACCAACAAUUUAAGAGUAUAGUAAGUAUCUUCUUCUUUUUAAUAACAUUGUUAUUCUGGAGCUAUUUUAUUUUUUUCAAUAUAGAAUAAAAUAGUUCUUACCAUUAAUGCGACUUCUGGAAAAGGCGCGGAAGAAAACGGAUGGAUGAAUCAAAAUGCAUGAGAAUGUUUUAUAUUUUGAACCUCAUUUUCAACACUGAUUGCCAGCGGAAUUAUUCAUUACUUAUGGCUGUGUUUUUCAACCACUGUGCCGUGGCACACUAGUGUGCCGUGAGAUACAAUCUGGUGUGCCGUGGGAGAUGAUCUAAUUUCACCUAAUUGGGUUAAAGAAUAUUUUUUGCAAACCUGUAACUAUAAUUAAAAAAUGUGCUGUUAUUGAGUGGCUGUGCUUUCCAGAGCACAGCAGAGUAACCGUGUAAUACGAUUCCAUAUCAGUAGGUGGCAGCAGGUAGCUAAUUGCUUUGUAGAUGUGAGGAACAUGGUAUGUCGUGAUCACAAUAUGCGGGAGGCAGCGUUUAGGUAACAAAGUAUCCAACACUUAAACCAAAAAUAAACAAAGGAAAGUGCCGCUAAGAAAAGGCAUUGAAGCAAAACAAAACUAAAACUGAACUGGCUGCGAAGUAAAUAAAAACAGAAUGCUGGACGACAGCAAAGACUUACAGCGUGUGGAGCAGACGGUGUCCAUGGCAUGACAAUCAACAAUGUCCACACAAAGAACGAGUGCAUCCGCACAACUUAAAUACCGGUAGUCUUGAUUGCGAAAACAAGGAAAGCUGCGGAGAAAUAACAUUCAAGGAAGACAUGAAACUGUUACAGGGAAAUACCAACAAAAAAGGAAAAGCCAACAAAAUAGGAGCACAAGUCACUGGAACACACCUGAAAACUCAAAAUAAGUUAUGGCGUGAUGUGACAGGUGGUGACAGUACACCUUCGUUGAGACAAGAGCUAUAUUAAUGCAUGUGUGGUUAGUGUUUGAAUGCAUAUCCGACAAUUGCGAGAACGACUUUAUAUUGUCAGUAUCAGCUACUGAUUUUCAUUUUUUUAUGUUUUCUGCUGGUGGUUUGCCUCUGAAUUUUUUCAAUUAAAAAAAUGUGGCUUGGCUCAGAAAAGGUUGAAAAACACCGACUUAUCGUGUUAAGCAACGCCAGCUAAGAUGUAUCUGAGAGCCAGAUGCAGUCAUCAAGAGUCAAAUCUGGCUCUGGAGCCAUAGGUUCCCUACCCCUGACCUAACGGGUCUGCAUCAUUCAACUUACUCUAUCAUUCCCUCAAUAAAAUUAAUUAUUGUGACCACAAACUCUCCACUUCAAAAAUAUAACUCUUGUCAUAAGAUUCAUGUUUUCAUACCCACGUUUGUUGUCCAUCCCAUCCAUCCAUUUUCUACCGCUUAUUCCCUUUCGGGGUCGCGGGGGGGCGCUGGCGCCUAUCUCAGCUACAAUCGGGCGGAAGGCGGGGUACACCCUGGACAAGUCGCCACCUCAUCGCAGGGCCAACACGGAUAGACAGACAACAUUCACACUCACAUUCACACACUAGGGCCAAUUUAGUGUUGCCAAUCAACCUAUCCCCAGGUGCAUGUCUUUGGAAGUGGGAGGAAGCCGGAGUACCCGGAGGGAACCCACGCAUUCACGGGGAGAACAUGCAAACUCCACACAGAAAGAUCCCGAGCCUGGAUUUGAACCCAGGACUGCAGGACCUUCGUAUUGUGAGGCAGACGCACUAACCCCUCUGCCACCGUGAAGCGUUUGUUGUGUUUUUGUAAUUUCGCUCAUCUUACUUUUUCUAACUUUCCACACUGAAAAAAAUAGGAGUAUGCAAUUUUAUGCCGUACUGUUAGUCGUUUUCAUACUCACCAUUGUUCGGUUUGACUAAAUUUCUUUUGAUCAAACCUUUUCUACAAAAUAGUAAAAGUAUGUAGUGAGAUUAGUGCUGAUACUGUAUGGGAUUACUAUCGGCAUUGGCCAGCAACACUCAAUCUGUAUCGAGUCGGAAGUGAAAGUCAUGUCAAGACACCCCUGGGACCAAUAGUAGCACGAAAGUACAUUUUUGGAGUGAACAUUUCUUUAAUAUGAUAAAAAAAUGCUUGAUCAUGUGCUACAUUAAUUUUAAAUAAGCACAUAUCUGGUGGCUGUUAUCAAACAAUUGCACAUUUUUGACAGUUUAAUAUGGUGUCCCCUUCAAUUCCUUCUUUUAUUCAUCUUUUCAAAUGACUCAUCUAUUAAGCAUCCCCACCCUUUUAGGCACUUUUCAUUUCAUUUCAACGUUUACACAAUAAACAGUCAUUUGAAGGAACACUGA